AUGCUUCCUUUCUUUACUUAUCUUUCAAUGCAGGAGCCUCAACCUGCUUAUAAUCUAGUUCCACCAUUUGAGGCUACAGAUGUAAAUACAAUCGGAAAUUGGACUACAAGAGGUACUGCGUUAAUUUUGAAAAAUGCAAUUCGCUUAACAAGUGAUAUACCAUCUUCAUUCGGAAGCAUCUGCCAAAGAGUCCCAACACUAUUCAAAGAAUGGACUGCUGAAGUUGAAAUCAAAGCAACUUCAUCAAGUGAAGAUAAAGGAACUGGAUUAUGGUUCUUUUAUACAGAAGAAGUUUGUCCAGAUCGUGCAAAUGUCUACAAUGGCUUUGCUGUCUGGGUAAAUACAACAACUGAUGAAAAUGGAAACAACGGAGUGUAUUUCAAAAAAGGAAAUGGAACAGAAUUCAAUCCAUAUCAAUUAAAACCAGUCGGGGUAGUUAAAGCACUUUCUAAUACAUCUGCACCAAUGAGACUUAUGAUUUCUCGUCGAUUUGAUCAACUUACAAUUGAUGCUACUAAAGACAUCAUCCUUGAACGAAUCCUUGAUGUUGAUGUCACGGAAAUUCCAGAUUACGGCUAUUUCUCAUUUUCAGCCCAAACAAGUGCAGUUCGUUCUAUGCAACACGAUUUACUCUCAAUGCGUGUUCAUUCUAUGAGUGACUGCGAUCAUCCAAACGCAACAUUCGAUUAUUCAUCAAAGAAUAAGAAAUACAUCGAAGAUAUGGUCGAAAUACGUCGUAUUCACAAAAGAAACCGCAGAGCUAACAUGCCAGUCUCAAACCAAUACAACAAACUAUCAAAGGAGUUGAACAGACUCCUCGACGAAAAUCCAAAUUCACAAAUCAAAGAUGCAAUUUCGAUUAUCGAUGAAGCUGCAUCGAGAAUGAAGAGCGCAGAGACUCCACAAGCAUUGGGCCAGUUUAUCAUCGAGAAAGUUAAUGAAACUAUACAACAAGCAGUCAGAAAGAUCGAAGUUGCUAAAUCGAAAUAUGAUGAAACAGAAACAGAUUUGGAUGAACUUUGGUCAUCAUUGAAGAAACAGUUACUUGAACUUGCUGUUGAAACAAAGAUUUCAUUGGAAAACUUAGAGAAAGAAGUGUUAGAAGCUGCAAAGAACUUGAAUCUUUCUACAAGUAAUCCAAUAGAACUAAAGAAAUCUUUGAAACACGAAGUAGAGAUUGUUAAUGAACAACACGGCUUCAACAUAUUACUAUUUAUUUCUGUAAUAGAGAUUACAGCAUAUGUUAUAUUUUUCUUAUAUAAGAGACACGAAACUCACAAUUUCAAGAAAUAUGAUUAA